AACGGAAAUAUUCUCGUGAACUUGGUGGUUUUUGAUUAUCUGAGAGUCUUGUAUUUCUUUAUUGGCUUCGUGCUUGGUGCGAACUCACCAGUUACCGUGUCUUUAUUUCCUCCUCUCCCGAGAAAGAGAGAAAAAGGUGAGCCAUCAACUCUCAAGCCAAGCCUCACCUGCCCUGCCUCAAUAAAAUAGACAGGCACAGAGAGAGAGAGAGAGAGAGAGAGAGAGAGAGCGAGGGGCGAGGGGAGGAAGGAGGAGGAGGAAGAAAUGGCCGCUGCUUUAUCUUUUCCUUUCUACUUCCUCCUGUUUUUGUGUUCGGUUCUGCUCCCUUCCCAUGAGGCUGCUUUCCUCCCGGAGUUGCCCAACCUCGCCACCAUCUCCUUUGAGGAAGGCUACACCCAACUGUUCGGAGACUCCAACCUCAUGCUUCACGGCGACGGCCGGACUGUCCACCUCUCCCUCGACCAGCGAACAGGUGCUGGAUUUGCGUCGCAAGAUCUCUACCUCCAUGGAUUCUUCAGUGCCUCCAUUAAACUGCCCUCCGAUUACGCGGCUGGAGUGGUGGUUGCUUUCUACAUGUCAAAUGGAGAUGUAUUCGAGAAGACCCAUGAUGAACUAGACUUUGAGUUCUUGGGGAACAUAAGAGGGAGGGAAUGGCGAGUGCAGACCAAUGUCUACGGGAACGGGAGCACCGCGAUCGGACGGGAAGAAAGAUACGACCUCUGGUUCGAUCCCACAGAGGACUACCACCAGUAUUCCAUCCUCUGGAGCCAUGAGAGGAUCAUAUUUUACAUCGACGGCAUUCCGAUCAGAGAGGCGGUGAGGACUCGAGAGAUGAGCGGGCAGUUCCCUUCGAAGCCGAUGAACCUCUAUGCUACAAUCUGGGAUGGCUCCAUCUGGGCUACUUCAGGCGGCCGCUACAAGGUCAACUACAAAUAUGCCCCGUACAUAGCAGAAUUCGCCGACCUUGUCCUCCACGGCUGCUCCGUCGACCCCACCGAUGAUACACCAGUCUGCCAGGGAAAUGAUGCCCGAGUGUAUGAUUCCAUCAGAAUGUCACCCGAUCAACAAGCAACGAUGUCGAAGUACCGAGUGAAGCACAUGACCUACUCCUACUGCCACGAUCGCGUUAGGUACUCGACGCCGCCAGCUGAGUGCACUCUCGGCCAUGAAACCAAGAGCUUCCUUCCGUCAGGUGAGGCAAAAUUCAAUUACCGCCGCCACCGUGGUAAGCGAUAUGGCCACAGCAGUUCUCUGAACUCUGCCGACCUCUGAGAAGAGCCCCCGCCCCAUUGAGAGAAGAAGAAGGAGGAGAAGAGUUUAGGUAUGUUCCAAGGUCUUGGCAGGAUUCUUUUUGGUGAUGUAUAGCAAAUUUGUUUGGUGGUGGGGUUGAUGUUGAGUAGAUUCACAUUGUUUGAAUGUCACAUUUGUUGUCUCUUGCUAUUUUGCUCAUCAUCAUGUGUCUUUCUGCCUCAGCAUUAAUUCAAGUAAUGGCUCUUUGUUGAUCUUUCUCUUUA